AUGUCUAAGAUUCCCGUAGAUAGAAGUGUCAAGUCCAGAUCUUUAAAUAUUAAUGGAGUAUGCUUCAAGGAUUAUUCAUUGAUUAAGAGUUUACGCUCUGGUGAAAUAAAAUCAAUAGAUAUUCGUAAAAGAAUACAAACGGCAGAAAGUACAUCAAAUCAUGACGUAGCUGAUAGAAUAUUUCAUACCUCUUAUCAAAGUAUUAUACCCAAAAUGAGUAUUAAUUUAGAAAAAGUUGUUGAACAGAACCCUAGAAUUUUAGAUUUGAGAGAAAAAUUAAAUGAAAUUACAAAAAAGCAAGAUCUUAAAGUAGACAAAAGGACAAAAAGUUUUAUUAACGAUUUAACACAACAGUUUUCCGAAGACAAUGAGAGCAAUGAAUCAGGACCAUAUAGUCUAUUAUUUGACCUGCAAACAGAUCCUACCACAUCUCAUAAAAUGGUCAUGGGUGCAGAUACUCGUAAAUCUCAUAAUGAUAUAACAAGUGACAAUAAACCACAAAGCAUAAAAAAUAUCACAAAUCCUGCUAAUAAAAGAAUAGACAGGCUACCAAACGUUAUCAAUUUUGAUGACAAGCCCAUGAAAGAAUUUGAAUAUUCCUGUGAAAAAGAAGUUACCAUUCCAGAUAAAAAAACAUUUAGCACUCACUCUAGAUCUGACUUAUGCUUACAGCUUAAAUCUCAUAUUCACCAACGACCGUACGAAACGAACUUAAGUCCGAACGACAAUUCUAUAAGUAGAAAUAAUGAAGAGAAUUCCCUAGAUGACAGCUUAGGUAUUUUGACUCCUGAUCAAAUGGAUGACAUAUGUUACUUAGAAAAUGCGUUUUCUCCAACAGUUGAAGGAUUACCAAUAUUUUGCGAUAGUAAUGAUUAUAAAGUAUCUCCGGAUAGUGGUGAUACACCUUCAACGGAUAAGACUGAGAGUAACUCAGCAGCGUCGACAAUACAAAAUGAAACUUUUGAAAGUGUAAGUCAUAAAAAAACAAGUUCUUUUGGGAGUUCGAUAGUCCCAAUUGUAUCUUUUAAAGCGUUAGAAGCUCAAAAUAAACAAGACUUAAAAUAUGACAGUAAUUCAAUUAACUUAUACGAUAAAACCUUUUGUGUUCUGUUAGAUUCAAAAACAGAGUUUGAAAAUUGCCCGGAGAGCGAGAAGAUUGAUUUAUACAAGUCUCAAGAAUUAGCACAAAAUUUAGUUGAUGAAGAAUUCAUGCCAUCAAUUCAUAGUAGUAUUUUAGAACCUGCAAGUUCUAUUGCAGAUACAACGGUUAACCUUGAUAUACCUUUAGAUACCAAAAUAGGGCUUCGUAAUGCCCCAAAUCGAAUAGAACAAACACCGUCUCCAGAAGAUUUACCACUCGAUAAUUCUGAAGCAAAUGGUGAAAUCAGUACGUAUUCUCAAUUUUCAGCAUCAACAUUGCAUGACUCACAAACUUUUUCAGACAGUAAAACUGAUUACACAAAAUCGAUGGAAACAUCAAAGGUAUCUAAUAGUUUUAUAACAAGCAUAACUAGUAUUACUAGCUUGGAUGGUUAUCAAGGUGAUGGUGAAAUGUCAAGGCCAAUUAGUAGAAGUGCAGAUCAUCCAAUGGGUCCUCGUGAAGAUGCCUUAGAUAUGGACUGGCAAAAUGUUCCCGUAACAAGGAGAGUAGAUCCUAUGACUGAUUCUGAUUUUUUCACCGAAAGCGAUGCUGAUGGUUUAGAUGAACAUAUGCAAAAAGGCGACCGCAAAGCUCAAGUUAUAGAUGGAGCUCUUUAUGGUGGCAAAAACGGUAAUACAAAUGCUCCUUUAAUAGUAACUAGGAGUGAAGAUUCUUGCAUGGAAUCAAGUGGAGUAUAUACAGAUUUUGAAAAUCAUCGUGCGUCUCCUGUAUUUUUGAACGUGAUUAAAGAUAUGUCUCCUGAUUCAACACCGUCACCCCGUUCUGAUUGUAGUCAAAAAAAUUUGAGCUCAAAUAAACUAGAUACGUAUUUUAGUAAUUUAGAAGAUACAUUGGAGGAGCAAUCUAAUAUAUCCCAUAUAAUUGAUGAUGAUUCUACACCUAAAAAUAAUAGCAAGAGAAACUCUCUUAACAGCGAAAAAGAUGCGACGACAAUCAAAAAAUUUAAAGAAGAAAAACGAACUGUGACGCUUAAGAAAUAUAAAAUGCCUAAACGUGAUGUACCUAGUAAACUAAAAACUCUUUUAGUGAGCCGAAAGACAGAUGCAGAACCUAGUGUACAAAAUAGUCCGAAAUUGGCCAAAAAGACCGAGAGGCGCGAGAGUUUUCUAAAAAAAUCUUCGAUUGAAAUAAAGAGUGACUAUAAAACGAAAACUUUUAAGGAUAUUAAAUCGAAAGUAGACUGUACGCUUUCGUUGCAACGCUCACAGACCGCGUGCAGCGUAACUAGAAUUCAAAGCUCUAAAUCCACUAAUAUCAACACGAAACCAAAAAGCCGUCACAUGCGCAUGCGAAUGGAGGUGGGUUCCGUCCAUGGCAGCGGCAAAAGCAGUUUACACAGCUCACAAAGCGAUAUCAGCACUAUCAGUACGCCACUAGGCAAACAUUCGACCAGUCGCUUCCCGUUGUUAAGUAAGUAUCGAUUUGUCUAUUAUUAA